GCAAAUCUUAAAGUUGUGAUCGGUGAAAGAAAGAUCCGGACUAUGAAAGAGCGCAGUGGCUCAAACCUGCCGCAUGGUGCUGAGACGAAGCAUGCUGAAGAGUUUUCUCUCUUUCCAAUAAAGUUAUUAUUUUUGCUUCUUAACCUGCUUUGCAUUCAGAGCGGCUCUGGCCUUGUUUUCAGUCGCACUGGCAGCUGAGUGCUAUCGUUUUAUAUUUAUUUAUUAUUAUUGUUAUUAUUAUUUUUUUUAAAGAAAAGCUAUUUUUUUCUUGAAACUUCUCUGUAAUCUCAGAAAAGCACCGCGCCUCGAACUUUUUUUUUUUUUUUUUUGGUGCGCUCUGCAUGCGCUUUUACGCACGCGUUCCUGUGCACUGUGGAAGAACGGAUCUGAAGUGCAAAGUGAUUUUAUUGCACCAGCAGGAUUGUAAAAAAAAAGAAAAAGUUGGACUGAAUGGUUAUGGUGGCGAACAAUCCAGAUUUGCCGCCCAUCGACUGUACCGACUCCGGUGAGAUGGAUGCGGAAGCGGACGCAUCGCGGACCCCGGGCUCCCCGCACGCGCCCGGGGAUGUAGCGUGGUGCAAGACGCCAACCGGCCACAUCAAGCGGCCUAUGAACGCGUUCAUGGUGUGGUCUCAGAUCGAGCGGCGCAAGAUCAUGGGCCAGUCUCCUGACAUGCACAACGCGGAGAUCUCCAAGCGCCUUGGGAAGCGCUGGAAGCUCCUGCGAGACUGCGACAAGAUCCCGUUCAUCCGCGAGGCCGAGCGCCUCAGACUCAAACACAUGGCAGACUAUCCGGACUACAAGUACCGGCCCAGGAAGAAGGUCAAGACGUCCGGUGGUGCAUGCAAAGCUGGCGGAGAAAAGACAGACAAAGGGGUCAGCAAUGGUGGGAAGUCAUCGUCGAAAAAAAGCCACGGUUCGAAUAAUAAAUCUCCUGGCAGGACGCAUAAGAAGUCUGGCUCUCUCGAAGAUGCGCUGUAUAAACCCAGAGCAGCGUCUGCUGCAAAGCAGAUACCGGGCAAGUCUGUGAAGCGCGCGCACUCGGGCUCGGAAAGCCUCGCACCCUCGGCCGCCGCCGCCGUGCCCGCGAGCCCGACACUGAGCAGCUCGGCUGAGUGCGCCGAGCCUCCGAGCCUCUACGAUGACGCGAGCACGCGCUUCAAACACGCCCGCGCCUCCUCUCCGACCCCGUCCGCCUCGCACUCCUCCUCUUCCUCCUCCUCACACUCCUCGGAUGAAGAGUUUGAAGAUGACCCUCUGGACUUCGACCCCAGUCCCGGUGGCUUUAGCAGCGGAUUCGGUAGCGACACGUGCCUGGACCGAGACUUGGACUUCGGGUUCGAGUCGGGUUCCGGUUCGCACUUCGAGUUCCCGGACUACUGCACGCCCGAGGUGAGCGAGAUGAUCUCGGGGGAUUGGCUCGAGUCCACCAUCUCUAACCUGGUGUUCACGUAUUGAGCCCAGAUUUUACGAAAAAAAAAAUGUUAAGCGUCCUGCGACGGGCGACGCGACUGAACGACGCGAUUCCCACCUGUUUCAUAUUAAAACGCUGUGGGUUCUGACACGCAGAUGAAAACAAACAAACAAAAAAACAACAACAAACAUAGCAUAAUUGCAGAAAGGAAAAAGAGAGGACAGUGCUCCUUUGGAGGAAGAUGAAAGCUGGAGGAAGUUGUUUGUAUGGACAGGAAAGAGGUGAGAAGUUGCGCGGAGGUGAGGUGAGAGGAGGCUGAGAGACUUUUCACACCGAUGAGCUGAUCACUGAUGGACUGAAAAGCUGAUGUGAUGUGAGUGAUUAGAGGACAGUGUGACUAAACCGGACUCCUGAAUGAACUGAUGAACGCAUGAUGAGGACGGUUUUGCCUGUGAAGCGCGAGCCGAAUCGGUUUUUAAGCAGAAACAAAAACAAAACAAAACUAUCACCAGCUUUUUUCCCGUUAACGAGAUGUCAGGUGUUUAAGCGCAACUCAGACGGUUCAGCUUUUUUUCCUUACACUACAGAUCAGGACCAAAAUUCGUCCGAGAAGCGUGUUUUCUCUCUCUGUCUCUCUCUCUCUCUCUCUCCUUCCCUGUCUCUCUUUCCUUCCCUCUCUCUCUCCUUCCCUCUCUCUGUCUCUCUCCUUCUCUCUCUCCUUAUCUCUCUCCCCCGUCUGUCUCGCUCUCCCUCACUCCUUCCCUCUCUCUCUCUCUGUUUCCCCUCUCUCUCUCUCUCCUUGUCUGUCUCUCUCUCCCUUGCUCCUUCCCUCUCUCUUUGUCUCUCUCACUCCUUCCCUCUCUCUGUCUCUCUUUCCUUCUCUCCUUGUCUCUGUCUCUCUUUCCUUCUCUCUCUCCUUCACUCCCUCUUUCUCCUUGUCUCUCUCCGUCUCUCUAAUCUCUCUCUCCCUCCUCCCUGUCAAUCCCAUCCCAUUCCCUCCUUUAUAACCCGUUUGUGCUCAGAACAAUUUUAUACCAAUGUAUUUAUAAUGCUCCAGAUGUUUGCAUUUGCAUUUUUUCCCCCUUUGUGUUUGUUUUCAGACAAAAAUUGAACUCUAUUGUUAUGAUAUUGUUUUGUAUUGAAAAAUGACAUCAUGCUAUAUUGGUGGCUAUUGAUUUCCAUUCACUGUUAGCCACAUUGGCAUGUCUGGUAGCCUAAAGCUCCUGGUUUGUUUGGGGUUUUUUUUUUGUUUGUUUUUUUCCCCCUCUACAGUACACCAGUCUGUCUUGUCAUGUAGCCUCCAGAUGCAACAUGUAGGCUACAUCUCUGUUUUUUCUCAAGGGCUAGAAACCGCAUCGUGUCAUUUUAACGGACGGGAGACGAAUCGUUGCUGUUAUUUUCUACGUGUAUUUUUGUACAAUUAAGAUUUUGUCUCAGAAACACAAACAAACAAACAAAAAAAUCUAAACAAACAAAUGAUCUGUUUACAGUGUCGAUCCACAGAUUUCUUAAAGACACACUAUCACAAUUUCUCAACCAGCCAUGCAAAUGAGACUGUAUGUAGCGGAAGCAUCAGUGUCCUUAUGGGAAAUACUGUUUCCUUUUUUUUUUUUUUUGACAAUUUCUUUGUGCUUUAAUCAGUGAAUCCGUCAUUUUUUAAAAACCACUGGAUGUAAUUUGAACACGCUCGAAAAUGCCUAUAUGAUUUCAUGAAGUAAUGCUUUCACUCCUAAAUGUUACAAGGAUAUUUAAUCUUUUUCUACUUGUUGGCUAAAUGUAGCUAAUCGUUUUUAGUAUGUUACGGCAUGGCGACUAGCGUUUCGUAUUUUUAAAAAAAAAAUUCAGGUUCACGUAGAGCUGUUGUGUUUAAGGCAAAAGGAUCAACGUGAAGAUUUUUUUUUCUUUUUAAUGUACAUUGAUUGUAUAAUAAAGUAAAAAGACUGUGUGCUUGUGUGGCAAUGACCUGCCACACCAGGCACUUUGAACAUAUAUCUUUAUACGUCCCUAUGUUUAAAGUUGUUGUUCAUGACUUUUUUGGGAUAAAUAGGCCUAUAUACAUUUUAAUAUUGUUUCAUUUUGUGCAAUAUGCUGUGUACAAUAUUGUUUUGUCUUGCCAUACCAUAUCACGUUUGAGUAGAGAAUUCAAAGCCAGCCAAUUGUGUCAAGUCACUGCCUGUCAGACCUCUGUACAAAAAAUUUAAAAAAACAACAAAAAAAAAACUGUCUUUUUUCCAGAAGGAAAUAAAAUCAGCUGGAACUGAA